GGGCCCAUCUAAAAUUUUGCUGUAGAUCCAUGAUUCGAUCCUUUUCCUUGUCUUCCAGGGGCUCCCUCUGCUCGAUUCUUCCCUUCGGUUUCUCUUCUCCCGAACGGUUUGUAAACUCUGAGCGAAUUCUAUGGCCGUACAGGGCAUCAUUCUUCUUGGGCUGCUGCUCCUCCUCCUCCGCCCGAUCCCGUCCUCCUCCGGCGAGUCCCUCACAUGCCUCGCCGUCUACCGGGAGGGCGGCGCUCCGGCCGUCUUCCAGUCCCCCAAGUGCUCCCGCUGGACCCUCCUCGCCGACGACGCCCGCCGCCCGCCGCCCAACUGCCAGGCCGCCAUGCACCUGGGACGCCGCCGCUCCCAGGAGGACCGCACCGUCUGCGCCCUCGGCAUGCGGAUUCCCUUCCUUGGAAGAACGGGAAUUGAGGAUAUUGAUGUUGGCAUGGUAGCAGUCUUUGAUGGUCACAAUGGUGCAGAGGCUAGUGACAUGGCUUCCAAACUUUUGUUGGAAUACUUUUUGCUGCAUUUAUACUUCCUCCUAGAUGGCAUAUACUCCAUGGUGCUAAGAAAUUCAGAUGAGAAGUUGACAUAUGGAGAACAGAAUAUGGUUUUUCAAGUUUUCAAUCUAGAUAGAGGGCAGAACUGGCACAAGCUGGAUCCAAAAAGGUCAAAGUGGAUAUUGCCUACAAUUUUUGAUGAGUCACUUCAUAUGGAAAUUUUAAAGGAAUCACUGUUGAGGGCAAUUCAUGAUAUUGAUGCAUCAUUUUCCAAGGAAACUUUACAAAAAAAUCUUGAGUCAGGUUCAACUGCUACUGUUGUUCUUAUAGCUGGUGGUCAGAUUUUAGCUGCCAAUGUGGGUGACUCAAAAGCUUUUUUGUGCUCAGAAAGCUUUCAUCCUCAUGAUCGAAAAGGUAAUAGGUCAAAACUUAAUAGACAAAGAAGAAAUAGAGGUGCUCUCUCUCCUGUUACUAAAUAUGGGAUCUCAGAGUUGGCAAAUUAUGAUGGACCGACAUAUUAUGUUAAGGAGCUGACAAUGGAUCAUCACCCUGAUAGAGAAGAUGAAAGAAGCCGAGUGGAAGCUGCUGGUGGCUAUGUUUUGGAGUGGGCUGGUGUGCUUCGAAUCAAUGGUGAACUAGCUGUAUCUCGAGCUAUAGGUGAUGUUCCCUUCAAAAAUUAUGGUGUUAUAUCCACACCUGAGGUGACAGAUUGGCAGUCUCUAACAAGCAAUGACAGUUAUCUUAUUGCUGCAUCAGAUGGAAUUUUUGAAAAGAUGACAACACAAGAGGUUUGUGAUUUGUUGUGGUAUGAGAAAUUAAGAGCAGAUAUGAAUUCAGAUUCCAUUCGUACUAUAAAACACUCUUUGGCUGACUAUAUAGUUAAGAUUGCACUUGAAAAAGGUAGUAUGGACAACAUGGCAGUUGUAGUUGUUCCUCUGGGAUCUUUUAGUAUUUUUGGAUCUGUUGUGAAAGACGGUUGUGAUUCAGAAGAAACCUCUGACUCAUCAUUUUUUGGACUUCAUAGGUUCUUGUUCAAAAAGUCAGAUGAUGCAAUAAGUACAAGUCUUUUACCAAGAGAGUAUUUUGACCGGAUAACAUUGAAGUUUAAGCGAUUGUUGGUUGAGACAAAAUUCAAGAGACUAGGUUGCUUCUAUCUGUCUGAAAAUCUGAAUGAGAACAUGGAAUAUGUUUUCCAAGCCCCAAAGGAAUAUCACGAAGUUGAAAUGCCUGACUUGUAUAAUGACUUAGAAGAACCUGUUGUUUCUUACCAUGGUGGAGGCCCUUUAGAACGGUAUAAGGAACAAAAAUUAUGCUGGCAUUUUGGGAUGCAUGAUGGAGACAAGGGCCAAUGCACUAGUCCUGAAGUUUUCGCUAAGUUUCUUGGUUUGCUUGAUUCAAUUCCUUACAGUGAUACUGGAUUCAACACUUCAGAAUCAUUUGGCUACAAGAUACCUGAUUUUAGGUAUAUACUCAAGAGAAGGUUUGAUCGUGGAUCAUAUGGUGAAGUUUGGUUGGCAUUUCAUUGGAAUUGUUCUCAAGAUGGUGCUGCAUCUGAUCAGCUGCAUAAGAAUCCAUCUCAUGUUGCUAGUUGUCUACAUCUUGAUCCAAAUAAGUGCAACAUGAGUACAAAUACCAGUUCAUCUGAUAAACAUUGCUUUACUGAUUCAAGUGAUGAUAAUUUGUUUAUUUUGAAGCGCAUAAUGGUGGAGAGAGGGGCCGCUGCUUAUUUGAGUGGACUGCGUGAGAAGUACUUUGGUGAACUUUUCUUAAAUGCUUCUAAGUCUCCUGGAGGUUUGACAGCAACAGACUUAUCAACUGCCUACUUGAAAAAUGUGCAGCUUGAUUAUUCCGAUCUGUUAAGAAUGAUGCAUGUCAGCUAUGAAGAAGGCUUAAAACAUAUAGCUAGAUUUGUGGAAUCAUUCGAGUCAGAAUCAAAGGAAAUCUGGCUUGUAUUUCGGAAUGAAGGGCUGUCACUGUCAAAGCUGAUAUAUACAGCGGAAGAAACAAAAUUGGGUACUGGUGGUGAAAGGGAUGGAGUGCGAAAUAUCCAGGUGCUACAUCCAUCCGCCUGGUGGUACUGGUUGAGGACAACAGAAGCAGGAAAACAAGAAAUACAAAGUCUCAUAUGGCAGUUGUUGAUGGCUUUGAAGUCUUGCCAUGAUCGUAAUAUCACUCAUAGAGAUAUUAAACCUGAAAACAUGAUUGUGUGUUUUGAAGAUGUGGACACUGGAAGAUGCUUAAGGGAAAUUCCUAGCAGAGCAAAACAAAUGCAUCUCAGAAUGUACAGUUCUUUUACAGUCUUGUAUCUUGCUCUUAGACUUUUUGUAGAAGUGCGAAUUAUUGAUUUUGGUAGUGCCAUUGAUGAUUUUACCAUGAAGCAUUUAUACGGGUCUGGGCCAACUAGAUCUGAGCAGACUUUUGAGUAUACUCCUCCCGAAGCUCUACUAAAUGCAAGCUGGUUUCAGGGGCCGAAAAGUGUUACAUUAAAGUAUGAUAUGUGGAGUGUGGGAGUUGUGAUCCUAGAAUUGAUCUUAGGAUCCCCACAUGUUUUUCAGAUAAGCGACCGUACCCGUGCUCUGUUGGAUCAGCAUCUUGAAGGCUGGAGUGAGCACACAAAGGAGCUCGCAUACAGAUUGAGAUCAUACAUGGAAAUGUGCAUUUUGAUUCCUGGGAUCUCACCCCAACAACAUCAGAAUGCUGGCACCAAGUAUCCAGCUGGAGUCUCGCCAGCUUCCUGGAAAUGCUCUGAAGAGUCCUUUUCACAUCAAGUGAAGAGUAAAGAUCCUCUUAAGCUGGGGUUUCCAAAUGUUUGGGCACUGCGAUUAGUGCGCCAGUUGUUGGUAUGGCACCCGGAGGAUCGUUUGAGCAUUGAUGAAGCUUUAAGUCAUCCUUACUUUCAGCAGCAGCAUCAAAAAAAUUCUCAUAGGGAAGGUUGAUUUUUGCCUGAUUUUCAGCUACUUGGUGGUGCCAAUAUUGCUAACCAUAUAUGUUGGAAAAGCUUUAGGGCGCCACUUGUCAGGUUUUGGCUGCUGGAUGGACCAACCUACCUGCUGCAAUCUUCAUGGUGUCUGAGAGGGCGGUAGACCUACCAUGCUAAUUCUUAGAAUCAGGGAACAUCAUCCUUGUGGGAAGAUGCUUUGGAGAUAAUUUAGGAGGGUACUCUAUGAUAAUGCUGCAGGAAAGACUGGAAAUGGAGCAACUAUCUUCUAAUCUGAUGACACUUGUACUCAGCAGGUGCAUGAGCUCUUAUUUUUAUGAGCAUUCUAUCAAAAUUCUUGCCUGAUCUUAGCAUCCCCCCACCACAAAAAAAAAAGAAAAAAAAAAAAGAAUAAAAAAGAAGAGGAGAGAGAUGAGUGGUGGGGGAGGUUUCCACAAAACACACACACACAGAGAGAGAGAGAGAGAGAGAGAGAGAGAUGUAGAGUCAUCCCAGACAUGGCUUUCUUCCUAUCAGUUGCCCUAGUUGAAAAUAUAUGAUCAUGGUGUCUUAUAUGUUAGGUGUAGAAUUGAUCUUCCUCUUACAAGCAUUUUACUUUAGAUGUAGUUGAUAAUUUGAUCAAGUGCAGAGAUUGAUGAGAUAGAUGGAAACAAGAGUCUGCGCAUGCACUGCACAUGCAAGAGAUGGUUGCGUGCACGGACUGCUGAUAUUUAGUUGGAAGAGAAAGCAUCAUGCGUAUGUAUAGUUAUUGCUAAGAGAAUUGAAUUUCCCUAACUGUAUGUCUUGGGGCAUGAAAACGGUGAACAUGCUUCAUCAUAUCUAUAAAGGGCAGAGUGUUUGCAUGAUCAACUAUAGCAAGCAAUGCAAUUUCAUAUUUCUUUGCACUCUUUAAAUUACUGAAGAUUAAUAAAAAUCUAAUAUUUGUGAUA